AUGGUGCUUCGAGCGGUAAAGCUGAUCUUCCAAGCAGCACUGCUGCUACAGGUGCUCCAGUGUGGCGCCUCCGUGAAUGGCGUCGAGGUAAAUGAAAACUUUCAGAACACUGAGCUCACAUCAAAGGACCAGCUGGGCACCGUUGCUCCGGCGAAUAUCCCGGACUCACAAGACGAGAAUAUUAAGAAGCAGGAAGAGCGUGGCUUCUUCGACUGGUUCGGCAAUGACGAUGAAACCCCGGCUCCGGCUUCGCCACCCUCAGGCGCGACCCCGGCUGCUGAAGAAACUUCGGGAGAAUUUGCAACUACGACGCCGAUCCCCGGCACGGCUGCACGGCCGUCCACCAGUAGUCUGAUGUCAAAGUACGGUAGUAUGCUAGGAGAGUUCACAAAAGACACCGAGACUGCCUCGGAAGCCGAUGGAAGCACGGCGGGCGCCGGUAGCUCUGCCACUACCCCUAAGACAAAGAAGACGAAGAAGCCCGCUGCCGCAGUGACCUCCACAUCGUCUUCAGCCAGUACCUCUGGCAGCGAUGCAGCUGAAACUACACCGAAGAGGAAAAAGAAGACAAAAAAACCUGUGACCACGAUCCCGACGACCGACACAGAGAAGCUGAUGGACAAGGCCUUCCAGUUGCAGAUCGUCAUUCUUGACUUGCCCCUGGCUAUUUGCUCAUGCCUCGGCAUCAAGAUCCCUCCCAAGCUUCAGUUCUCGGCCACCAUUCUGGCUGUCGUGUCGGCCAUUGUCAUGAUGGCUGUCAUGAUCGGUGAGACCAUUUUCGCUUCUUCGAACAACGUCAUGCUCAUGCUUCGUGAGUCGGGCGCUCUCAACACUACUGCGCUUAACGGCGACACUAUCGAGCUUGACACGUUCCUCAACACUAAAAACGGUACGUGUGGCUACGAGAUGAGAACCCUCACGAACCGCGUCAUGGGCAAGGUCUACGAAAUCCGCAACAAUACGCCCAAUGCUGCUCAGAAUGAUGUGCGCGUCGAGGUGAGCAAGUCGCCCAUCAUUACUGAUGACAUCCCUAUUGUUACCAACCACUGCAUGGGUGAGAUCUGGACCAACAAGACGAGUGCGUCUUCGUACAAGACCCGUAACCUGCUGCGAAAGACGAUCGGUGUGAUUGUUGACCAGCUGAUUGAGGACGGCACGACUGACAUGGGCAAGUCCGUGACCAAGAAGGAAAAAGCUCUCGAGUACUCGAACAUGGGUCUCUUCAUUCUCUCCAUUUUCGACCCUACGGGUAUUGCCUGGAUGGCUUCCGAAUUCGUUCAGCCCAUUUGUGGUCCCACCGAAUACCUCGGAGAGAUCGACGACGGCACUCUGUACGACGCCCUGGGUUUGAACACUGUUGACCAGGCAUUCCUGGGAAGCUACGGUGUCUGGAAGAAGAAGGGUGAUGGCUCCGUCACGGUUUACUUCGAGAGUGUUGACAAGUACGAUGUGUCUGUGGUGAUUAAGUCUGGUGGUGACAAGCUCAAGGAGGUCAAGGUGCCUGCUAACGGCAACGUCACGUGGACGUCUACGGUAGAGGAGCUGGGGGACAAGACAUUGUACCUCGAUCGCUGGCGCCCUGGUCUCUUCGGUCUGCCUGGUACGGGAGGUGGUUCCCUACUGCUGUGGAUUCCGCGGUCGUCUGAGGGUGGCCAGCUUAUUCUCCACGCGCGUUUGAAUGUUAGCUAAGCGGAUUCAUCAUGUCAUUUAGCGUAGUGGGCAUUUCUCAGAAGAUAUGAGAAAAGUUUGUUCACAUGUUUAAACGAAUACAUCAGAUUAUGUGGUCAUGCGUCGUG